UUCUGAAAAAAAAGUCCUUUCCCGAAGCAAGACGAGGCGCAGGCAGGAUCCGGCCACGCUGGCCAAACCCACUCUCGGCCUCUUGGAAGGGGGCUGAGGAAAGGACCCCGGAAAAGACGCUGGCUUCGGGGUAGGGAGAACCUCUUCUUCCCCUUCUUCUCCUCUGGCAAUCAUCAAUCACAGAAAAUUAGUCACAACAACAUCUGCCUCGCGCCAUAAAAGGUCAAGGAAAGGGAUUGCAAAAACAGAGAGAGAGAGAGAGAGAGAGAGAGAGAGAGAAGAAGAAGAAGAAGAAGAAGAAGAAGAAGAAGAAGAAGAAGAAGAAGAAGAAGAAGAAGAAGAAGAAGAAGAGAAGCAGCAGCAGCAGAAGGGAGAGAGGGAGGACAGAACCCAGAAAGGAAAGACGUCCAGGCGCGCGCGCAAAGUUUUCUCUCCGCGGAUCUCCUCUCCUUUCGGGUCGCCAUUUGUAGUUUCGCGUGGCAAUCAGUACUUUGCAGCGGGGAAGGAAGCAACAAGCGGCGGCCGAGGAGGCUCGGCAGAACCGGAGGGGAAGCGCGCCUGCCCUGCACAGAGCGUACGGGGGGGCUACGUUUGCGCUUCCUCCAGCCGCUUCUCUCUCUCUUUGCAGCCUCUAUUGUUUGUCCAGCGGCAGUCCAGGGUGGGAGACUUCUCCUCCUCUCGGGAUUUGUGCAGAGUUUGCUGCAACUCCCCUUUGUCCUCGGCGCGCUCUCGGCUCUCCGCCCUGUCCAGCCCUCUCUCCUCCAGGGCGCGCGCUCGCUCUCUCUCUCUCUCCCCGCUUCUGCAAGCCAGGAGACUUCGGCGGUUUACAAAGAGGGGGAAGAAGGAGGCAUGGGGGGCCGGAGGAGGCUGAGCGAGGCCGGGCUGCGGGCCGGGCCGGACUGCUGCAGGAGCUGGUCCUCGGAUCCGCUGGGCCAGGCGGCGCCGGCUUGGCUUGCGCUGCUAGUGCCGUUGUUUCUGUUGCUGCUGGCGGCUCACGGCCAGGAGGAGCCUUCGUGCAAAGGAGCCUACGACCUGUACUUCGUCCUGGACAAGUCACACAGCGUCAAGAACCACUGGUCAGAAAUUGUUAACUUUGUGAGGCUGCUGACGGACAGAUUUGUGAGCAACCAGAUGAGGGUCUCCUUCAUCGUGUUUUCCAUGCAAGCAACGGUCAUUCUACCAUUAACACAAGACAGGAACGAAAUUCAGAGAGGCCUUGAAGAGCUGAGUAAUGUUAAGCCAGGAGGUGAAACGUACAUACAUGAAGGAAUAAAAGAAGCAAAUAAGCAGAUCAAGGAGGUUGGAGCCUUGAAGUCAAACAGCAUCAUCAUCGCUCUGACGGAUGGACAGUUGCAAGGGUAUAUACCGCAAUAUGCAGAAAAAGAGGCAGAGCUUGCCAGGGAUAUGGGAGCAAGAGUCUACUGCGUCGGAGUCCUUGAUUUUGACCAAGACCAGCUUGAAAGGAUAGCUGGUUUUAAGGAGCAAGUCUUCCCAGUCAAGGAAGGAUUCCAAGCCCUCCGGGGGAUAAUUAAUUCGAUAUUGAAGCAGUCGUGCCCAGAUAUAGAUCUGCAGCCAUCAAGCGUUUGCGUGGGAGAGGAGUUCCAGGUCGUUCUGCGAGGAUUCAUGUUGGGAAGGAAUGUGAACAACGUCUUCUGCUCCUACGAGGUCUAUGGCAUGAAAAUUGAUGAAAAGCCCAUAGAGGUGGGAACUGACUAUAUCCUCUGCCCAGCACCUAUUCUCAAUGAAACUGGCCAAACGAUGGAGGUUUCCGUCAGUUUUCACAGAGGACAGUCUCCCAUCACCAGUUCUUUGACUAUUACCGCAACGAGAUGUGCAAAUGGCAUUAUUGCACUUAUAGUUAUCCUGGUAUUGCUCCUGUUGCUGGCGCUUGCCCUCAUGUGGUGGUUUUGGCCCCUGUGCUGCAAAAUAGUCAUCAAGGACCCUCCUCCCCCUCCACCACCAGCUCCAGUAGAGGAAGAAGAAGAAGACCCCUUGCCUAACAAGAAAUGGCCAACCGUGGAUGCUUCUUACUAUGGCGGGCGAGGAGUUGGAGGAAUUAAAAGAAUGGAGGUUCGCUGGGGUGAUAAAGGUUCGACCGAAGAAGGCGCCCGACUAGAGAAAGCCAAAAAUGCUGUGGUGACAAUCCCUGAGGAACCGGAUGAGCCAUUUCAGCCUAGACCUCCAAGACCCAAGCCUACCUCACUGCCUGCUCAGGAAAAGUGGUACACACCUAUUAAGGGUCGUCUCGAUGCGCUGUGGGCUUUGCUGAGGCGGCAGUAUGACAGAGUAUCUUUGAUGCGACCGCAGCAGGGAGAUGAGGGCCGUUGCAUGAACUUCACCCGAGUUCAGUCUCAGUAAAGGAAGGCAAAGAGGAUGAACAGCCACCACUUCUGUGAUGCAACCAAAGAACGCCAACAAAGCACUUAAACAAAAUCCUCAGAACAACUUCAGCCUCUCAGCCUGGAAGUUUUGCUGCAUUUGAUUCCACCGCAAGCCACCUACUGCUGCACUAAGCUCUGAUGCCCGCCAUUUUCUUCUCAGCUUGUUACCUCAUGCAGUAUUCAUUACCGUAUUAUAUUAUUUAGGAACAUAGGAAGCUGCCGUAUGCCAAGCCAAACCAUUGGUCCGGUGCAUUGCCUACAUUGACUGGCAGAAUUCCAGAUGGGAAUC